GAUGGCCAACAUGAGCUCAUUUGUUUUAGCUGGUGCUCUGUUAGAAGAUGCUGGUUCCCCAAAUGACAGCUGUGGGACGAAACCCAUAACAAUAUUCGUAAUACUUCACAAUAAAGAGGUGAAUUUCAAACUGGAGGGAAAUUGACUCCAUGUGAGCAGUGUGGAGAUGGCGAUGGCCUCGUAAAAAUGUCAUUGCUUCAUUUACACAACAAAAUAAACAGAAAGAGGGAUUGCCAAACAACUCUUUUUUGACGUACGCUACUCUGUGUACCCUGUGUGGACCGUGUCCGUGUGGGUGGUAUCUUCCUCCGGACAACGCUGUUGCUUUCGUCCUCACAGGUGGGAAAAGUAGGCUAUAAAAUCCGUACGACCAGGUGAACGACGUCAUUGCGAGCUGAGAACCAAAGUUCUGCUGCGUGUUCUGCACUACUAUUGGCGCCAGAGACUGCCACUCCUGUAGUCGGGAUGGCGUUAGGUCACCACCUCCCCCUGCUGGUAAUACAGCUGCUGCUCAGCCACUGCCACACUGCCACCGGAUACACCAAUCGAUUCUUCUAUCAAGAUUUCCUCAACAGCAAUGGCAACGGAGAGAUCCACUUUAACGGCGUGCAGCUCCGUGUGGAUUCCUCACAGCUUUCUGUUUUUGGUGCGAGGGGCGCCAACGCCUCCCUGCCAUGCCGCUACUGGUAUGAGCCUGAGCUGAGCUCUCCCAGGAGGGUGCGGGUUAAGUGGUCCUGGUUGCCCGCCGCCGGGGGCCUCGAGAGGGAUGUGCUUGUGGCCAUUGGACCCCGCCACCGUGGCUUUGGAGAUUUCAGGGGCCGAGUUCAACUCAUGCAGGACUUCCCAGGAGAUGCUACGCUGGUUGUGACUGAACUACAGUUGAACGACACAGGUCGUUACCGUUGUGAGGUGAUCGAUGGGCUGGAGGACGAGAGUGUGAUUGUCGACCUCGAGUUAAAAGGUGUGGUGUUCCCUUACCAGCCCCCUCACGGACGCUACCUCCUCAAUUUCCAGGAAGCCCAGCAAACCUGUGCAGAGCAGGACUCUAUCCUGGCCACCUUUGAGCAGCUCUUCCAGGCCUGGGAGGACGGCCUGAACUGGUGCAACGCCGGCUGGCUGGCAGACGGCACAGUGCAGUACCCCGUCACUCAGUCCCGGGAACCCUGCGGGGGGGCGGGACUGGCCCCGGGCGUCCGUAGCUACGGCAUCCGUCAUCGCCUCCUGCACCGCUACAAUGCCUUCUGCUUCUCCUCCUCUCUCCGUGGGAAAGUGUACUACCUCCAGAACAUGGACAAGCUCAACUUCACCGAGGCCCAGCAGGCAUGUCAAGAGGAUGGGUCUGAGAUGGCCAAGGUGGGCCAAGUCUACGCUGCCUGGAGAUACCAGAGUCUGGAUCGUUGUGAUGCCGGCUGGGUGGCUGAUGGGAGCCUGCGCUACCCCAUCUCCAGGCCCCGCACCAACUGUGGCCCCCCGGAACCAGGGGUGCGCAGCUUUGGGUUCCCACCCCUACAGGACAAACAUGGGGUGUACUGUUACAGUGCUGUCAUAGAAAAAACAUAGGCCCUUCAUGUCCAGUUAUAGGUCACCAUGUCUUUAAAAGGAAGAAGUUGACAAGCCUUGAAAUGAGAUGGGAUACAACCACUGAUUGUCAACAUAAUGAUGCAAGUUCAUACAAUCCCCUGGUUGUGGGGUUGCACAUAUGAUCCCAUGACAAUGAAACGACACGGCUUGGUAAUGUUUAAUUCAGGGUGAACCACUCAGUUAUAACAAAACCAUGGCCUGUCUUCUGCUGCAAUAACUUGCAUAUUAAAUGCAUUUUAGUAAUACCUCAUACACUUCAUUAUUGUAUUUAUCUACUAUGUAAACUUGACAGCAUAUUGAAGCUGAUGAAUUGGAAUAAUUAAGUGGCUUCUCCACUCCUGUGAAAUGAAAGUUAUGUAUUCUACUGUAUCGGCAUAUACCUCAGUUAGUUGUUCUUUGAUUGUUGGUGGUUUAUUUAAGUUGUUGACCACUUGGAAUUAACUUAUUUUUAUAAAAAUAAAUAUAUGCUCUUU